CGCGCCGCCCGCCCGCCGCACAUGUGCAGUCGGGCGCCUCCGCAGCGGCAGCUCGGCGCCGGGACACGGGCUGGGGGGACAGCGGCGGCGGGGGAUGGAGCCGGCGAUCUCCGCAUUGGGCCGCUCAGAGAAUAGCAUCGUCGUCCCAGCGUCCCGCAGGCAGCAGGAUUGUAAGAGGAUUGCCUGCUAGGCUGGGGUAACAUGGCAAAAGAUGCUGGACUAAUUGAAGCCAAUGGAGAGCUUAAGGUGUUUAUAGACCAAAACCUAAGUCCUGGAAAAGGAGUUGUUUCUCUAUUGGCUGUUCAUCCCUCUACAGUAAAUACAAUCGGAAAACAGCUCCUGCCAAAAACAUUUGGACGGUCUAAUGUCAACAUUGCACAACAAGUGGUUAUCGGUACACCUCAGAGACCUUCAGUGCCAAAUACUAUCCUGGUAGGAAGUCCACAUACACCUAACACACAUUUUGUAUCACAAAACCAGACUGCAGAUUCUUCGCCGUGGUCUGUUGGGAAACGGAACAGAAAAGGAGAGAAGAGCGGCACAGGUUUACGUCAUUUCUCUAUGAAGGUUUGUGAGAAGGUACAAAGAAAAGGAACGACCUCAUACAAUGAGGUGGCAGACGAGCUGGUUGCAGAAUUCACUACCCCUGAUGAUCACAUUUCACCAAAUGAAUCACAGGCUUAUGACCAGAAGAAUAUUAGACGACGUGUCUAUGAUGCCUUAAAUGUCCUCAUGGCCAUGAACAUUAUCUCUAAGGAGAAGAAGGAAAUCAAAUGGAUUGGUCUACCUACAAACUCGGCUCAGGAAUGUCAGAAUUUAGAGGUGGAGAAACAGAGAAGACUUGAAAGAAUAAAGCAAAAACAAUCUCAACUACAAGAACUCAUUCUACAGCAAAUUGCCUUCAAGAACCUCGUUCAGCGAAAUCGUCAGGCAGAACAGCAGGCAAAUCGACCGCCACCUUCCAAUUCUGUCAUCCAUUUGCCAUUCAUCAUUGUGAACACCAGCAAGAAAACAGUGAUUGAUUGCAGUAUUUCGAAUGACAAGUUUGAGUAUCUAUUUAAUUUUGACAAUACUUUUGAAAUUCAUGAUGAUAUAGAAGUACUAAAACGAAUGGGAAUGGCCUGUGGGCUGGAGUCUGGAAGCUGUUCAGCAGAAGACCUAAAAAUUGCAAGGAGUUUGGUUCCCAAAGCUUUGGAACCGUAUGUGACAGAAAUGGCUCAGGGAUCAAUCAGCAGUGUAUAUGUCACAUCUUCGUCAGGUUCUGCAUCAAAUGGCACAAGGUUUUCAGCCAGUGACUUUUCCAAUGGUGGAGAUGGGAUGUUGGCUACAAGUUCCAAUGGAUCUCAGUACAGCGGCUCCAGAGUUGAAACACCAGUUUCUUACGUGGGGGAUGACGAUGAUGACGACGACGAUUUUAAUGAGAACGAUGAUGACGACUGAUGCCCUUUGCUUGUAGACUUGUUAAAAUUCAGCAAGCUUCAGGAAUAAAUUGUUCUAGGGAGAGAAGUCUCAAAUAACUUUGCCCCAUCCCUCAAGGAAAACGUUGGUAAGCAGUUCUGAGUUUAGAAAUGCACCUCUGAUAAGCAAGCGAGGAUUGUUUUAUGUAGGAUAUUUUUAAAUGUGGUGUGGAUGUGUGUUUUUGAUACCAGUGUGUUAAUGCAGAGCCUUUAUUUACUCUUGGUUUAGGGGUUUUUGGUUUAUCGUUUUAUUUGGUUUUGGUUUUGGUUUUGUUUGUUUGGUUUGUUUUUUUUACUUGAAGGAAAAUGGAUUUUGCCCCCCAAAUGUUCUUGCUAAGUUUGCUAAAGAAAAUGUAGACACAUCAUCAAGAAAUAAAAUGCUGUCCUUCUGCAGAAAAUGAAUACACUGAAUGGCAAUUUAUUUGGAGUGUAUUUUGGUUAUACCACUUUUGGAGGGAUAGUGAGCUAAUGUAGUAGUGUGUUUUUUUGUUAACCAUGCAGUGUCCAAAGAACCAAACAGGAAAGAUACGUCCUACUUUUUAUACAUGUUAAAUUCCAGAAAUGUUGUUGUGAACGAAUUUUCCCUUAAAUUAUAUCUAACAUAAUGAUUCCAUCAAGUUUAUAUGCUUGUUGCUGUUAUGUCGGGACAUAAGAAUUACAAACUUUUUGGCAAAUGUUUACUGCCAGCUGGUGCAGCUAUAUAAAAUGUCUUGAAGGUUUGGAAUGAUUUAUUGCUUAUGGUAAAAAUUGCCUGAUUUCUUACAGGCAGACUUUGGAAACUUUUUAUUAUAUAGUUGUUUACAUACUUAUAAGUCUAUCAUAUAAAGACAUGUACUGAAACAAAUGUUUGUAUUUGUUUCAUAAACAUCUUCCUGUAAUCUAUUAUAAAGUUGAAAUUAAAUAUAGAGAAUGUUUUAAGUUUUUUAACUCAAAAUUUGUCAAUCAUUUUUAAUAGUUGGUUUUUAUAAGAGGAAUUUCAGGGCAGGUGGUAGUCUUUUUAAAUUUAUUCACAAACAAUUAACUGCACAAAUACUGUCAGCUGCCUAUUCUAAGACAGUAGUCUUUUUAUUGAAACACAAAUAAACUUUUCUGUAAUAUUUUAUGGAAUAUAAAGAGACUAUAAUUGUUUGACUUGUUUAACCUUGGCACUGUUAGUUUUUAUUAAUAAAACGCGCAUGGGCAUUUUUAACAA